CCGCGCGUCCCCAGCUACGCGCUAAUUCAGCGCGAGCUAUAGCAAACUAUUCGUGCGCCAGCACGCCAUCGCUGCGAGCAACCACUGCUACCGCGCACGCCACGCGCAAUAGCCGAGACACGCUGCGCUAGGCACAGCCGACAGCCAUGGUCCGCCCUAGAAACUUAGGCCGCGUCGGCCAGGGCCCGGCCAACCCCGUCAAGGACUGGCUCGAGUCCUUACCACCGGUCACGCGCGUCUGGUUCGUGGCGUCCUUCGGCACGACGUGUCUGAUCAGCUUCGGCCUCGUCGACCCCUAUAGACUAUUGUGGAGCUGGCCCGCCGUGCGUCAUAGGUUUGAGGUCUGGCGGUUGAUCACGCCCUACUUCUUCUUCGGGGGGUUUAGCUUCCCGUUCCUCAUCAACUUAUACUUAUUACAACAGUACUCCAAGGGCUACGAGAUUUCGCCGUAUAAUACUGGAGGUGGCGGCGACACGGCGGACUAUAUCUGGAUGAUGUUCCUGGGAGCGUUGAUGCUCUGCGGCGUUUCGGAGUUCAUGGGCCAGGUCGCGCCGGCCCAGGCCAUGUUGUAUCUGGUGCUCUACGUCUGGUCGCGGCGGAACCCGACCCAGCAAGUGUCGCUGUACGGCUUCCCGGUCCAGGCCAUCAUGCUGCCCUGGGCGCUCUGCGCCUUCAACAUGGUCAUCGGGAAUUCGUUGUUACUACCAUUGAUGGGCAUCGGCGUCGGGCACCUCUACUACUUCGCUAUUGAAGUGUUACCGGACGCGUACGGUGUUGAUAUUGUAAAAACGCCGCGGGCGUUGAUUGAUGCCUGCGGCGGCGGCGGCGGCGGUGCGCCGGCGGUGGCGCCGGGCGUCCGGGGCGCGGCGCCGCCGGGCCGCCGCGCGCCGCCGGCGCCGCCGCGGGGCGGCCACAACUGGGGCGGCGGGCGCGUGCUUGGCGAGCGCUGA